UAUCUUUUUAAGUCAACGAUACUUUUUAACUAUGGCCACACCCGAGACAUAUAAUGGAUCAUUACCCAAUAAUAAUACUAAUGUAUUAACAUUUUCUAAUGGAAAUAGAACGAUUCCUUUAGUAAUUAUUGGAGGAAUUGCGAUUGGAUCAAUGUUGGUUCAUUUAUUUAUCACAUUUAUACUCAAGCAAAUUGCAAAGAAAACGGGAUGGGCAUUUGAUAAAGAAGUAGUAAAACAUUGUGCACUGCCAUCAUUUUUUAUAUUUCCAUUAAUAUCAGUAUUAGUAACAUUAUCGUUUAUACCAGAUAUAGAUAUAGCGAUAAUGGACCCAAUAAGACACGCAUUUGAAAUAUUAUUAAUAAUAUUUACAUCAUGGUCAGCGGUAGGAUUCACUAAAGCAGCUUCAGUAGCGAUAUCACAAAAUAAUGAUUAUAUUAAAUCGACAAAUAGUUUACAAUCACGUAAAUUACAUACUCAAUUAAUAGUUGCAACAAGGAUAAUUUAUGGUAUGAUAUUUUGGGUAGCUGCGGCCGCAAUUCUUUUAACAUUUCCCAGAGCAUGGGAAAUUGGAGUGAGCAUAUUAGCAAGUGCAAGCGUAGCGGCACUAUUAGUUGGUUUUGCUGCUAAACCUUCGAUGGAAAAUUUAAUUGCUUCUUUACAAAUUGCUUUAACACAACCUCUCUUGCUUGAUGAUUAUAUUGUGAUUGAUGGUUAUCAAGGUGUUGUAGAAGAAAUUGAAGCUCAAUUUAUUGUAGUUAGAACAUAUGAUCAACGACGUAUCAUAAUUCCUUUAUCUCGUAUUAUUAAUGGUACAUUUGAAAAUUGGACAAAAACUGAAGAGAAUAUAGGAAUUUAUUUUGAUUUUUUUGUCGAUUUUGGUGUACCCUUGGAAGAUCUAAAACAAUAUUUCAUGAAUAGUAUUUUAAAAAAAUCUAAAAAUUGGGAUCACCGUAAUGGUAGUUUAUCUAUUGAAGAAUGUAAAGAGGAUUGUUUAAAAUUAAGAGCUUUUAUGACUGCUUCGAAUGUUAAAUUAGCUCAUGAAUUAAAAAAUGAAGUUUGUGAAAAAUUGAUGGAUUAUGUUAUUACAACACUUCCAGAAUAUUUACCGCGUUCACGUGGACAAACGGUAGAGAAACGUAGCGGUAUAGAUAGUAUGGGAAGGAUAGUUACAAAAAUGGAGGAAGCAAGUUUAGAGAAUAAUAUUAACGAAAAGAAACAUCAUAUUUUUCAAGAAAAAGAAUAAUUAUUAUUUAAUCCACAAUUUAAAAUGGCGGAAUGGGACGGAUGGUUUUAUCAAAUAAUAACAUCACUGAUUUUUUUAUUUAUAUAAUAGUUUAUUAAUUAAUUUAAUUUAUUCAUCUCAUCCAUUGUAAAUUUU